AUGAAACCUACGGAGGGCUUUUGCGACUUGUCAGUGCUGUUGUUUGACAUCCACGAGUCAUCCCACCAGCAAGAAUGUGUCUUUCACCAAGUUGACGAGCAUGGCACCCAAAACUGCAUCAUCGAAAUUCGCGAGGAAGAUUGUAACUUGGCACGAUCACACUUCAACGACAUCCUCUUUAUUCGCAAUGUGUACUGCGAUGAACGUCAAAACACAUCCAAAGUGCUAGAUGUUUUCAAUCAUCUUGCAGGUCUUCUCCUUUGUGGCGAGCACGCCAGUUACCGUCGACCAUUGAGAUUACAAUGGGUCCGGGAAUUUAAAGAACGAAGGUCCGAGAUUUUGUCUGAAUUAGAAGAUUACUAUGGGAAGCCAGGCUCUUCAGAUGGAGCCGAGGACGACAAAAAAGAAGUAUUUGCUGAUCCAUCUCGGCCGUUCGCAACAAAAGAGCUCACCAGACUUUGUCUGAAAAUCGACGAGGAGGGAGUGGCUAAGAAAGUUACCAAAGUACUUGACCAACAAUUAGGGGCUCAAAGCCGAGAGACCGGGUGUGUCUAUAUCAUCUCCCCUCAAGAUACCGAAUUUCAAGGGGUACUGAAAAUUGGGUAUUCAAAAAAGCAUCCCCAGGCCGCUCGUUUCAUAAAUCAUGAGCGCUGCUUCGGGGAGUUUGAAAUUAUCAAAAUGAGACCUGUGACAUAUGCACGCCGAGUCGAGCAACUAUUAUUGUCGGAAUUCUCGCGCGUACGCUACAAGAAAUACUGCGAAAUUUGCAAGACAACGCAUCUCGAAUGGCUCAAAAUCGACUCGGAAACACUCGUGGAAAGUUUGAACAAAUGGUGCGACUUCUUUGAUAAAGUUAACACAUACAAGAAGGACGGUGAAUUUAUGACACUACCUGAAGAAGGCCUAGAACUACCCUCUCCUGUUUUACCAGAGCACCUCAGGCAAAAUCGCUGUGUGAGCUGGACUCCAUCAAAAGGGACUCCUCGAGGAAAGACUCCGUCGAAGGAUAGUGCUUCAAAGGGUAGUUCUAAAAAGAAGAAACCUUCAAAGGACUCUCCCAAGAAGGACACUCCAAUAGAAGGUGCUCCUACACAGACUGUGAUGGAAACCCCCACAAAGACUUUUCGGCCUCAAUCUUCAUCUUCCACUUCGCCUUCAUAUCCUCAAUUCAAAAUCCCAACGAUCACAACCACUGUUAUCCCAAGCUCCGACAAACUAGACUCGAUGCCUGAAGGAAAUGAUGUUGAUCGGGAGGAAUCUGAGGUUGGAGGGUUGACUUCGGCGAUUCGUCGCCUUAAUUUUAAACCGAAGUCAGCACCAUGA